AGAAAUGCUUUCCGCGCCAAACACCAUACCUAUUAAUAUAGAGAAAGAGGGCCGGGCAGGCCAUAUAAAAAGCAUUAACCCCCCUCUGCGAUCCACCAUUUCAAUUUCUCUAACCAUCUCUCUCUCUCUCUCUCUCUCUCUCUCUCUCUUCCUUCGAUCAUAAGGAAAUUAUCGAAAAUGGAGGACCGGCUCACGGAGCUGAACCGCAGGACCUGCGUUGUCCUUGGUGGUCGAGGCUUCCUUGGCAGAUCUCUCGUCCUUAGGCUCUUGGCACUCCCCAACUGGAUCGUUCGAGUUGCCGAUUCCCCUCGCUCCCUCCACCUCCAUCCCCUCCACGACUCCCUUCUCUCCCAAGCUCUCUCUUCCGGUCGCGCUUCCUGCCACCCCCUAGACGUUCUCGAUUAUUCUCAAAUUGUCCAAGCAAUUGAAGGUUCGUCUGUUGUAUUCUAUAUGGAUGUUAGCGACUUACAAAGAGAUCAUUUCUAUAAGUGCUACAUGAUUAUAGUUCAAGGUGCAAAAAAUGUUAUUAACGCUUGCCGAGAGUGCAAAGUCAGAAGGCUAAUAUACAACAGUUCCGCAGAUGUAGUAUUUAAUGGUCUACAUGAUAUAAAUAAUGGAGAUGAAUCCUUGACAUACCCUUGGAAAUUUGAGGACAUGAUGAGUGACCUUAAGGCUCAAGCAGAAGCGCUGAUCCUGUUUGCUAACAACAUUGAUGGCCUCCUAACAUGCGCUCUUCGUCCUAGCAACGUCUUUGGACCUGGAGAAACACAGCUUGUGCCAUUGUUAGUAAAUUUAGUGAAAUCUGGUUGGGCAAAGUUUAUUAUAGGAAGUGGUGAAAACAUGUCUGACUUCACCUAUGCUGAGAAUGUUAGUCAUGCCCACGUCUGUGCAGAAGAAGCUUUAGAUUUUCGGAUGGUCUCUGUGGCUGGAAAGGCAUUUUUCAUCACUAAUCUUGAGCCUAUGAAGUUCUGGGACUUCGUAUCUCUCAUAUCAGACAGCUUGGGAUAUCAAAGACCAUUAAUAAAAGUUCCUGCUAGGAUGGUUUGGUAUAUUCUCCUUCUUGUCAAAUGGGUGCAUGAAAAAUUGGGAUCCAGAAAAUACAACCAUUUUGUAUCAGUUCAUUACAUUCAAUUAGCCUCACGCACUAGAACAUUUAACUGCGCUGCAGCUCAGAAACAUAUUGGAUACUCACCAGUAGUUUCCAUGGAAGAAGGUGCCACUUUGACCAUGAAAUCAUUGUCCAAUGUAGCCGAAGACUCAUAUUAUGCAAGAUAUAACAGCUUCAAUGAACAAUCAAAAAUAGAAAAAUUGCUGGGCGGCGGGGAAGUUGCGGACAUUUUGCUGUGGAGAGACGAGAAGAAAACAUUUAUAUAUUUUCUUUCUCUGGUUCUGUUGUUUUACUGGUUUUUCCUUUCUGGAAGAACUUUCAUGUCAUCUGCUGCAAAGCUUCUGCUUCUGAUUAAUGUUAUCCUUUUUGGAUAUGGUAUUGUAUCAUCAAAGAUAGUUGCCAUCACUUUUGAGAGAAUACCUCCGUCUUGUUUUGAAGUGUCUGAAACAGCAGUGAAAUAUUCAGUUGCAACCCUAGCAUAUAUAUGGAACAAUGCCAUCCAACAUAUACAGUCCCUGGCCCAAGGGGAGGAUUGGAGAAAUUUCUUCAAGGUAGCAGUUUCUCUCUAUUUUCUGAGGUUUAUUCUGUUGCAAUCAUUGACUGCAGUGAUUGGUGUAGCCCUUGUCUUUUCAUUCACUGCAUUCUUUGUUUAUGAGCAAUACGAAUCAGAAAUUGAUGGAUUUGUAAAGGUUCUGUUCAACAGUAUAAAGGGUUCAGUGGGACUGUUGACAAGGAAUUUGCUUGCUAGUUCAUCAUCAUUUCUUCGAAACUACAACAGCUUUCUUAGAAACAAAGGUCAUGCUGCGUUAUAACAUCGGGGAGAUGGUUGACAUGGGAUGUGGGAGCUUUGUCGGUUUAAACGGUUAGGUGCCAUAUGCCAACUUAGUGAGGCUUUGGAUCAAACUACUGAACUGGGUUAUGGCCCCGGCGAAAGAGAAAGAGAUGGGUUAUGUUAGGAAAGUAUAAACUCUUGUGUUGGCUAACACGGUUAAAUGCCAAGAAGUUAGGGCAUAGAUAAUAUGCCUACCUGUGACACCACAAAGAUCGCUUAAGAAAAAAGUUGAAAUACGACAGUUGCUUGCACAAGGAUUGACAGCUUGUUGAUGGCUUACCUUUUCCAAUUAUUGACAUUUGAUCGGGGAAGUUGGUAUUGUUGCCCAAAUUAUACGGUUGAAGGUGUUUGGCUAACCUGAGAACUGAUUCAGAAUCAAAUGCGGAUUGAAUUUUACACUGA